GGCGCGGUACCGGCGCUUCUAGUAGCUUCCAGAGAGGCGAGGAGGAGGUGGAGGCAGCGAUCGGCUUGGACGGGAGCGGACGUGGCGGUGGCGGCGGGAGCUGCUUCUUCGGGGCGCCGAUGGCCAAGUGGGGAGAAGGGGACCCGCGCUGGAUCGUGGAGCAGCGCGCCGAUGCAACCAACGUCAAUAACUGGCACUGAUUAAUCCAUUGUUGAUUGGACAAACUCCAUAACUACGCAGCACCUCUUUGUACAAUUAUAGUCUAUGUGCCAGGUUCCAGUAACAAAGAGAACAACUGUUAUCAUCAUACUGUGACUGAAAGAGAUGCAUCUAGCUGGUCCUCAGAGAAGCUGAAAACACUUUUUCUGACUGUUAGAGUUGAGAAUGAAGAGGGGACUUGUGAAGUGACAGAAGUGAGCAAAUUAGAUGGGGAAGCCUCUAUCAACAACCGCAAAGGAAAACUGAUUUUCUUUUAUGAAUGGAACAUUAAAUUGUCUUGGAAAGGCACCUCAAAAACAGGUGUAAUAUAUAACGGUCAUGUGGAGAUUCCCAAUCUUUCAGAUGAAAAUGACAUGGAUGACAUUGAGAUCAAUGUUGGUCUUGCAAAAGAUGAACCAGAUACAAACCUGCUAUACUUGAUGAAGCAAGAAGGUGCAAAGCAGAUCAGCAACGCUAUGGAAACUUACAUCAGCACUCUUAAAACAGAAUUUACCCAAGGCAUGAUUCUGCCUACACUAAAUGGUGAACAGUCAGAGUCACAGAAUCAUCCUGUGCAUAAAGCAAAUAAGCACAAGAUUAAUGAACAAGUUGCUGGCAACAGUUCUGCAUCUAAAUCGGUUGGAGUUAAGAUUCCUACCUGCAAGAUAAAUUUGAAGGAUAUUUUCCUGACAUCCCCAGAGGAUCUCUACAGAGUAUUCAUUACCCAAGAGAUGGUACAAGCUUUUACUCACUCACCUGCUGUUGUGGAGGCCGAUAAAGGAGGAAAAUUCCAACUGUUAAAUGGGAGCGUCACUGGCGAGUUCAUUGAACUAGUUUCUGCAAAGCAGAUUGCUAUGAAAUGGAGAUUUAAGUCCUGGCCAGAGGGACACUUUGCAACUAUCGUAUUGACCUUCAUCGACAAGGGUAAUGAAACAGAAGUCUGUCUAGAAGGGAAGGGCAUCCCAGCCACUGAAGAAGAGAGAACAAAAGAGGGCUGGCAACGUUAUUAUUUUGAGGGUAUUAAACAGACGUUCGGCUAUGGAGCCCGAUUGUUUUAAUGUUGGCUACUAUGGAGUCUCUUCCCAAAGAUUCUGCCAUGUGAACUGAUUCACUUCUUGUCUGUUCUUUCUUAUCCUCUGUUUCACUAUUGUGACAAGCAGGAUGGCCCCGAAGGCCACUGAGCAGCACCAAUUCCGACCCUUCCCUGCCUGUGCAGGUCUUCUAUUUCAUGGGUUUCAAAGUUGGGAUUCUCAUAAAUGUACAUAUACCUUGUAUUGCUAAAUAAACUUAACUUAAAGAAGAGGUACCAGCUCUCUUAUCUGAGUAAAGAAAUCAAAAGAGCUUUUAAGCAAAGGGCAGAAGAGUUCCGACUCUUCAUGGAUAGAGAUCUUAAUUCAAAAGGUAUCUGAAAUUUGUGGGAAUUUAACUAAUGGGAACAUAACCAUUAUAUUUAAAAUGCAUCAUUAUGUAAGGACAACUUUUUAUUUUUACUUUUCAAAAAUGGCAAUUUUUGAAAUGGCAAACGUAUUCUAAACUCUGUUGGUGAAAUUUCAUGCCUAGCAGUUGAUCUGCUGUCGUAGUCACAUUAUCUUUCAAUCAGCCUAAUCUCUGAGAGUAGAUGUUUAUAAUGGAAAAAGCACUUCCCCCCCCAAAAUUCCAUAAUAGCAUUUCAGGAAUGUUGGAAUCCAGAACAAAGACUGUAUAAAUCAGAAGAGAGAGAGCACAUUGCCUAAAAUCAGCAUUCAGUUGAGAGUACAAUUGUAUUCCAAGAAGAGAUUUUCAGAAGCAAAUUUCACUUUCUUUGUUCAGAAUAUAUUUCAACAUUACAAUGAGACCAGUAAGCAUAUCAUAGCACAUUAAUUACACCUAUAAAUCUGAGGUUCCUUCAGGAAAAUUGAGUUCUUGCUUGUGGGUAGUAGUUGUACAUAUAAAAUAUAAAAGUUGAUUGCUUCCUUUAUGUUUUUUGGGUGAGAGAUUAGAAAGGAAAAAGAGAAACCGUAAUAUUGCUUUCUAAGCAUUCAAGAGUCUGGGAUAACUUAGUUUUUUAUUU